AUGACUUCUCUCGCUUCUGUCCUGCACCUCAAGCCGACGUCGCCGCGCUUCACUUCGACCCCGACGAACGGGUCCAGAUCCAGCAGCCGUCGCCGCCCGUCGUUUGGCUCCAUCAAAGAGGACGUGAGCGGCAUUGCGCAAUCCUUCGUGGACACUCAUCGCGAGGCUUCGCCAGCAUCGCCCACCUCGCCCACUUUGACUUCGCCCACUUCGACCUCACCCAAGGAAAUAAAGGAGCCCCGCAAGUGGGAGCUUCCGGAAAUGCAGCAUUGCCCUGACUUCUGUUGCCCAUGCGGUGGCUUCCUGGGGUGGAAGCAGAUUCGUUUAGGAGGGAGGGGUCUGAGUCGCAGCUAUGGGGAUCUCCGUGUGUUGGGAAACUUGCAAGCCAAAGGCUGGGCCUGGGAAACUACUGACUCUGGAAGGGAACUACGACCACCUCAGGCCGACCUAGCUGUGGACCUCGCGCCUCCGCGGCCACCCCCAGGCACUUCGGCCAUUGAGAAGCUCCCUCGAGAAGUUCUUGAUAUUAUUAUUUCCCACCUCGCAGUUGAUAUCCCGCCCAAUGGAUAUACCCCACGAAACGUCGAUUUGGUCUCAUGCCUUCUAACUUCACGCACGUUGCACGCAGCGACUUUAAGUGUGCUCUAUCGGAACAUGACGUUCCCUCAUUCCAUCAUCUUCUCCAAGGCACUCAACCAUAUGUCAACCUACCCAGCUUUGGGCACCCUGGUGCGUCGUUUGGAUUUCUCACACUUCACCUCCGUUGGUCUUGGUCGUACCAAGCAGAUGAAUGCGGAGAUCCAGAACUUAACCUCCAGAACCCUCUUGCAAAUGCUCGAUCUUCUCCCCAAUCUAAAAGAGUGCCUGUUGCAGGAACAUUUAGAAGGAGAUAUCAGCGUGGACGUGGUUCGGAAGCUCUUCAUGGGAUUGCCUAACCUGCAGGCAGUGGACUUGUGUGGCUGCUCUACCCAGUCAUUCUCCCAGAUCUUCCAAGAAGCCCUGACGGCUGGCCCGGCACUGCCCCCUGACUCCAUCCCAGCACCUAUGUUCGACCUGCUCUUGUCUCGAUUGGUGAACCUGACGCACCUCGAUUUGACACACACCCAGGUCAACGACUCGGCUCUUCUUGCAAUCCCCGAAACCGCGUGUAUCACUCACUUGAGUCUGUCUCGGUGCACUCGCCUUCGCCCGUCCGUCUUGGUUGAAUUUUUGUCCACCCAUCCGGCGGUUUGCGACUCUUUGGUAUUCUUGAACCUCUUGACCGAUGCCACUCGCUUCCGCCUACUUGAAGCGGACGACGUGAAGGCUCUCCUUCCGAAGCUUCCGCGCACUCUUCGAUCAUUGAACCUGGGCGGAGCACGAGUCACGUCUGAACAUGUUCCACUCCUGGUUCCCCUGACCCGGCACCUAGAAGAGCUGGGCCUGAGUUCUGCGGACCUUUCGGUGAAGGAUGUGAAUCAGUUUUUCACUCGAACCCCUGAAACCGAUCCUGAAGCGGAUCCCGAGCAGAAGAAGCGCAACAGCACCCCGCUGCCUCCCAGCACUCUUUGCUACCUUGAUCUUGCCAAGGUCACGCAGAUGACUAUCGGGUCCAUCUUCAAUUUGAACCAGUGCCUCCUCUUGACUGAGCAAAGCUACCCACUGCAGGUCAUUGAGUUCAGUGAGAAGCUGAUCAACCCUUUGCGCGAGCGUGCCAAGACUCAGCGUUCUUCCGUGGGCUGGACUGAUCGAGAGCUCGGUCGCCGCGGUUGGUACGUGCGAGACCCGGCAUCUAUGCCCAAUGUCCCAACGGAUGACGGUGCUCGCUCUUGGAAGGUCGGAGCUCGGUGGUGGGGUAUGCGCAAGAUCCCCGUGGCAGUCGGAGAGGUCGGUGGUAUCUACGGACACUACAUGUUCAAGAAAUGA